AUGGAUUUGAGUCAACGAUCCAUACACGACGUGAUACAUCCCACAGCCGCCUUCUCAACAUACCAUUCGGCAACCGAAGCCGGUCAGGUGGUCGAGGUCGACUCGCGGCAAACAUCGUGGGCGCAAUCGCGCCUCAAUCCGAAAAACCGAAUAGACUCGUUGACCCAUCCGGAGAAGCCUUCGUGGCGCGUCGAUGGAUGUACAGCUUUCGGGACGCAAUUCUAUGCUGUGCCACUAUUUCUGGAGAGAUUUCCGCCGAUCCGGGUUGAUGUCUUCAUUCCAGAGCCUGCAACUCUCCCGCCAGACGUUCGGGAUGCGCUCGACCUGGAUGUGACAUUCUAUACAAGAGAUGCUGCCAGGAUCUCCCGUCUCGGCAUAACGAGCCACAUCUUGCGAAUUCUUCACCAUUGGACUAAUGUCCAAAAGGAUUUCAUGCAAACAUACCAAGAUUUGCCAUUUGGAUCCCGAAUUGUUUUCCACAAUUUGCCCAAGGAUAUCAAGAAGACGAGUAUUUCCAUCGCUCGUACGCAUCACCUUGAACGGCAGCUUCUUUCCGUGUCAGCAAUGGAGAAGUAUUGGGGCGAGGAUAUCGAGUUACCUCCUACUGUCGACAUUAGCGACGUCGUGUACCUGUAUCAGUUACACGACAGUGUCUGCCUCGUAAAUAUUCGAGGCAGAACAUGGAUUUUCAAAGCCUUGACGAGUUAUACCAAGUACCUUUACCAUGAGCUGAGGCAGCUACUUCUGAUACCACCACACCCCGGCAUUGUGUCCCGGCCAGUUCACCUCGUUACCAAGAAAUGUAGUUUUGGCAACAAGACGGCGGUGAUAGGGUUCACUUUGGAAUUCCACAUCCACGGAAGUUUGCGCGACCUGAUCCCGUUCAUGCAGUUACACGGCCAAGUGUCUCUUGCUGACAAAACAAGAUGGUCGCUCCAGUUAGCGUCCGCCUUGUUGCAUCUGCACGACGUUGCACACUUCUUUUAUCCCGAUCUCAGAUUGGACAACAUUGUCCUUUCAGAGUCCCGUGAUGUCAUCAUGGUCGAUUUCGAACAGCGAGGCGUUUGGUGUGAGUUUGCGGCCCCCGAAGUCAACGCCAUUGAGUACAUUCGGUUGUUGGCCAUCGACGAUGAGAUUGAUUCCAACAUUCGGGACAAGUACGCGGAUAUGUUGUCGGAGAUGCUCCCCGGUUGGGAAGAAAUGGGCCAAGGGGAGGAUUACACUUGGCCGUCCAAAGGGUACAACGUACCGUGGUUGUGCUUGACCCGCACUGAAGCGGAAGCGUGCGAGGUGUACAUGCUUGGAAGGGUGCUCUGGUGUAUCUUCGAAGCCCGAAGUGCGCCUCAGCGAUCUGCCGUGUGGCUUUCCUAUCCCUGGGAACCAUUAGUGGAGUUUCCGGGCUACACAACCACGCCAGAACCAAUUAGGCUUUUGAUAGACGCCUGUACCCGGGGCAGAAAAGUCGGACUGAGCAACUACAUUGUUCGAAAACAGAAGAAGCUGGUCAUGCGGGAACUGGAGCACGACGGAACAUCCACAGCGGAGCAGGUGCAGCAGGUGGCGAGCGACUGGUGGGCGCGUGAGAUAGAGUUGUCCGUGGAUUGGUUGAAGAAGAGGCAACAAGGGAUGAAAGAGGGGAGCUGGAAUGAAAAUUACUACAAUAGGCCUGGUUUGCGGGAGGUAUAUCAUGCGCUGCAGAUGUUUCAGACUCAGAGAGACCUCACGGGAUAG